AUGUCCCGUCUGGCCCCUGCACGUACCUGCGGUGCCGCCCGGAUCCCCAGCUCACAUCCUGCCCCUGGGCCCUUGGGUCCACCAGUGCAGACGGCUGUCCUUGGAGCUGGAGGCUGCCGUUCCAAGGCCAAUGGAGGCACAAGAGCCCUGCCCGCCGACCCCCUGCCCCGGCCCGAGCGCGCGGGCCUCCCUCCCCUGGGCGCCCCGCUCCACCUGCCGGACGAGGGGGAAGCGCGCUCGCGGUUGCUGAGAGCUGCUCCCCGGGUCACGGUCAAGGGCGGCCCGGAGGCGUGUGCAGGCAGGGCGGAGGCAAGUGCCUACGCAGGCCUCUGCUCCUACCAGGCCCAAAGAUGGCCGUGGAUGGAGCCGGGACUGAACAUGGUGGCUGAUAAGAAACCGGAGUUCUCAGUGGUCCGCCCCGGGCGAACCGCAGCCCCGACGCCCAGCGCUCCUGCGCCGGACCUUCCUCGGCUCCCGCUGCCUGUGGAGAUCCGGUUAAGUGACCCCCCUCCACGGGCACGAGCGAGACGGCGCCUUCCAGCCUGCACUCCCGUGGAGCUCAGGCGUGAGCGUUACUGCUUCUUCGUCUCUGUGCGUCUCGCCAGUCGCCACGGACAGAACCCAGCCGCCGCGACGCUGGAAAAGGAAAGCCGGGCAGCAGCGGAUCAGGAGCGGUGUUCUGAAGAUGGCAGCGCGCAGCCGGAUCAGACGCUGCGCCCCGAGGCUGCUGUCAUCUCCUUAAGCGCAGAGCUUCCAGCAGCUUCAGAGUCUCCGGCGCAGGGCGGAGGCGGGGAGGCAGCUGCGGGCGGCAACGGGGCCGAGAUGGUCACCUCCGAGCACCCUUCCCGGGGCCCCUGGAAGGCGCUGAGCCUGCACCCCGAGCUCCUCCAGGGCAACCCCGGAAAUAGCUCCCAGACGCCUGUCAUUUCCUCGCGGGUGCUCAGAAAACGGGCUCAGAGCUCAUGGGGGGUGAGUCCCAGUCAAGGCCCCCUGCCAAGUGCGAGAGGCUGGAACAGGGCGGUGGGGGCGGGCCGAGGUCACGGUCUAUUGGAAAUGGGUUGAGGCACCGGGUAGGACUGAGCAGAGCUGGGUGUGUGAUCGUGUGUGAGCAUGUGCGUGUGAGCGUGUGUGUGUGUGUGUGCACGUGUGAUCGAGUGAAGGCGUGCGUGUGAGCGUGUGUGAGCCUGUGUCCCCCGUAGCACCCUCACAGCCUGCUUCCUGCAAGGAGUCAUUGGUGCUUCUCUGUGGUCUGUUCACCUGAGUCCCUGUGUGUCCCCUCCCCCUCGUCCUUAAACCUCACUUGUGGGCCAUCAGCCACCAGCAGGCCCUCCGUGUCCUCCGCGGGCCCUGGGCUCAGGGCUGGGGCUCCUGCCCCCCCCCAACUGUAUGAAUAGAAGAAAAUAUCAGAGGGGGCUCUUUUAUUGGCUCCAUUUGAAAGACAAGGAAAGUGAGGCACAGAGAGGUGAAGACACUCACUCAAGGUCACACAGCUAACAAGUGGAAGAGGCGGAUUAAAAUCCAAGCAGUGUGGACCCAGAGUCAGUAACUGUAAACACCCUUUGCUACAGGGAUAAUUCUUCAUUUUUUUAAAAAUUUUCUGGGGCACCUGGGUGGUUCAGUCAGUUAGGCGUCUUUUUAUCUCGGCUCAG